GCUGCGGUCGCCGCGUUCGGAGGGGCUGCCGGGCCGGGCGCUGCGCACUCGCGUGGGGAGCCGCCUCUCCCCCGCGGCGCUCGCCCCUGCUCCCCGCCAGCAGCACUUGUCCCGCGGCAGCGCUCAGACAACAAAAGCGGAGGAUGCUGCAGUUGGGCAAGGUCAGGACCUUGCCCUGAAGCCGGGCGGCGGCACGCACGCCUUUCCCCGGACUGAGAAACUGUCGCUGGUGGCGGGUGCAUGUUCGCGAGGAAGCAGUCGGGCGCCGCGCCGUUCGGAGCUAUGCCUGUCCCAGACCAGCCUUCGUCAGCCUCAGAGAAGACCAGCUCUCUGAGCCCUGGCCUCACCACCUCCAACGGGGAUGGCUCGGAAACGGAAACCACCUCUGCCAUCCUUGCCUCCGUCAAAGAACAGGAAUUACAGUUUGAAAGACUGACUCGAGAGCUGGAGGCAGAGCGCCAGAUCGUGGCCAGCCAGCUGGAGCGAUGCAAGCUGGGGUCAGAGACCGGCAGCAUGAGCAGCAUCAGUUCAGCAGAAGAGCAGUUUCACUGGCAAUCACAAGAUGGUCAAAAAGAUAUCGAAGAUGAACUCACAACAGGUCUUGAGCUGGUGGACUCCUGUAUUAGAUCCCUGCAGGAAUCAGGAAUACUUGACCCACAGGAUUAUUCAACAACUGAAAGGCCCAGCCUGCUCUCCCAGAGUGCACUUCAGCUCAAUUCCAAACCUGAAGGGUCCUUCCAGUAUCCAGCCAGCUACCAUAGCAACCAGACCCUGGCCCUGGGUGAGACAGCCCCAUCGCAGCUCCCUGCCCGCAGCACCCAAGCCCGAGGCGCUGGCCAGAGCUUCAGCCAGGGCACCACGAGCCGCGCGGGGCACCUGCCAGGGCCCGAGCCCGCGCCGCCGCCGCCACCGCCGCCCCGGGAGCCGUUCGCGCCCAGCCUGGGCAGCGCCUUCCACCUGCCCGACGCGCCGCCCGCCGCUGCCGCCGCCGCCGCCGCGCUCUACUACUCAAGCUCUACGCUGCCCGCGCCACCGCGUGGGGGCUCCCCGCUGGCUGCCUCGCAGGGCGGCUCGCCCACCAAGCUGCAGCGCGGAGGCUCAGCCCCCGAGGGCGCCGCCUACGCCGCGCCGCGCGGCUCCUCGCCCAAGCAGUCGCCCAGCCGCUUGGCCAAGUCCUACAGCACCAGCUCGCCCAUCAACAUCGUCGUGUCCUCGGCCGGCCUGUCCCCGAUCCGCGUGACCUCGCCCCCCACCGUGCAGUCCACCAUCUCCUCCUCGCCCAUCCACCAGCUGAGCUCCACCAUCGGCACGUACGCCACCCUGUCGCCCACCAAGCGCCUGGUCCACGCGUCCGAGCAGUACAGCAAGCACUCGCAGGAGUUGUAUGCCACCGCCACCCUCCAGAGGCCGGGCAGCCUGGCAGCCGGGUCCCGGGCCUCAUACAGCAGCCAGCACGGCCACCUGGGCCCCGAGCUGCGGGCCCUGCAGUCCCCAGAGCACCACAUAGACCCCAUCUAUGAAGACCGCGUCUAUCAGAAGCCCCCUAUGAGGAGUCUCAGCCAGAGCCAGGGGGACCCUCUGCCGCCAGCACACACCGGCACCUACCGCACGAGCACAGCCCCAUCUUCCCCUGGUGUCGACUCCGUCCCCUUGCAGCGCACAGGCAGCCAGCAUGGCCCACCGACUGCAGCCACAGCCACCUUCCAGCGGGCCAGCUACGCCGCCGGCCCAGCCUCCAAUUACGCCGACCCCUACCGACAGCUGCAGUAUUGUCCCUCUGUCGAGUCUCCGUACAGCAAAUCCGGCCCCACCCUCCCGCCCGAAGGCACCUUGGCCAGAUCCCCGUCCAUUGAUAGCAUUCAGAAAGAUCCCAGGGUUCCAAAGUGCAAGUCUAGAGAGGAACUCUGGCAGCAUUUGCAAAAAGAGGCACCUUUUUUAGAAUUUGGAUGGAGAGACCCGGAACUGCCUGAAGUGAUCCAGAUGUUGCAACAUCAGUUUCCUUCCGUCCAGUCCAAUGCUGCAGCCUAUUUACAGCACCUCUGCUUUGGAGACAAUAAAAUUAAAGCCGAGAUAAGGAGACAAGGAGGCAUCCAGCUCCUGGUGGACCUGUUGGAUCAUCGGAUGACGGAAGUCCACCGUAGUGCCUGUGGAGCCUUGAGAAACUUGGUAUACGGGAAGGCCAACGAUGACAACAAAAUUGCUCUGAAAAACUGUGGUGGCAUCCCAGCGCUGGUGAGGCUACUCCGCAAGACCACCGACCUGGAGAUCCGGGAGCUGGUCACAGGAGUCCUUUGGAACCUCUCAUCUUGUGAUGCUCUCAAAAUGCCAAUUAUCCAGGACACCCUGGCGGUGUUGACAAAUGCCGUGAUUAUCCCCCACUCGGGCUGGGAAAAUUCCCCUCUUCAGGAUGACCGAAAAAUACAGCUGCAUUCGUCACAGGUGCUGCGAAAUGCCACUGGAUGCCUAAGGAAUGUUAGUUCGGCUGGAGAGGAGGCCCGCAGGAGGAUGCGGGAAUGCGAGGGGCUCACGGAUGCCCUGCUCUACGUGAUCCAGUCUGCGCUGGGGAGCAGUGAGAUCGACAGCAAGACCGUUGAGAACUGUGUGUGCAUUUUGAGAAACCUCUCGUAUCGGCUGGCAGCAGAAACGUCUCAGGGACAGCACAUGGGCACGGAUGAGCUGGACGGGCUGCUCUGCGGGGAGGCCAGCGGCAAAGACGCAGAGAGCUCCGGGUGCUGGGGAAAGAAGAAGAAGAAAAAGAAGUCCCAGGACCAGUGGGAUGGAGUAGGACCUCUUCCAGACUGUGCAGAACCACCAAAAGGGAUCCAGAUGCUGUGGCACCCAUCAAUAGUCAAACCCUACCUCACACUGCUCUCUGAGUGCUCAAAUGCAGACACGUUGGAAGGGGCCGCAGGCGCCCUGCAGAACUUGGCUGCAGGGAGCUGGAAGGGCUGGGCUGAGGAUGUGGCAGGCAUGGCGUAUGCCCUACGUUCACUGCCAGAGGGGGCUCCCUGCCUGCCACAGUGGUCAGUAUACAUCCGAGCCGCUGUCCGGAAAGAGAAAGGCCUGCCCAUCCUGGUGGAGCUGCUCCGAAUAGAUAACGACCGUGUGGUGUGCGCAGUGGCCACGGCGCUCCGGAACAUGGCCCUGGACGUCCGAAACAAGGAGCUUAUUGGCAAAUAUGCCAUGCGAGACCUGGUCCACAGGCUCCCAGGCGGGAACAACAGCAACAACGCAGCAAGCAAGGCCAUGUCGGACGACACGGUGACCGCCGUCUGCUGCACCCUGCACGAAGUGAUCACCAAGAACAUGGAGAAUGCCAAGGCCUUACGGGAUGCGGGUGGCAUCGAGAAGCUGGUUGGCAUCUCCAAAAGCAAAGGAGAUAAACAUUCUCCGAAAGUGGUCAAGGCCGCAUCUCAGGUCCUAAACAGCAUGUGGCAGUACCGAGACCUGAGGAGUCUCUACAAAAAGGAUGGAUGGUCACAAUAUCACUUUGUAGCCUCAUCUUCAACCAUCGAGAGGGAUCGGCAAAGACCCUACUCCUCCUCCCGCACGCCCUCCAUCUCCCCUGUGCGCGUGUCUCCCAACAACCGCUCAGCAAGUGCCCCAGCUUCACCUCGGGAAAUGAUCAGCCUCAAAGAAAGGAAAACAGACUAUGAGUCCACUGGCAGCAACGCCACUUACCACGGAACGAAAGGAGAACACACCUCCAGGAAAGACACCAUGACAGCUCAAAAUACUGGAAUUUCAACUUUGUAUAGGAAUUCAUAUGGUGCGCCCACUGAAGACAUCAAACAUAACCAGGUUUCAGCACAGCCAGUCCCACAGGAGCCCAGCAGAAAAGAUUACGAGACCUACCAGCCGUUUCAGAAUUCCACGAGAAAUUACGACGAGUCCUUCUUCGAGGACCAGGUCCACCAUCGCCCUCCAGCCAGCGAGUACACCAUGCACCUGGGACUCAAGUCCACCGGCAACUAUGUUGACUUCUACUCAGCUGCCCGUCCCUACAGCGAACUGAACUAUGAAACGAGCCACUACCCUGCCUCCCCCGACUCCUGGGUGUGAGGGGCGGGCGGCACGAGGCGCUCCGGGAACAGUGCAUGUGCAUGCAUACCACAAGACAUUGCUUUUUUUAAUUUUUUUCCCUGCAAAUUUAGUUUGUUAAAGCCUGUUCCAUAGGAAGGCUGUGAUAACCAGUAAGGAAAUAUUAAGAUCUAUUUUAGAAAGCUAAAUGAAUCGAAAGUUAACUCGGACACCAGUAGAAAGCUAAAGCGAUCCUAAAGAUGACCUUGUGACACCUUUCUAGUUUGAGCUGUAAGGGAUAACAAAUGCUGUGUACUGAAUGUGGCCGGAGGCGGCGCAGGAGGCGGCCGGGGCGAUGGGGCGGUGGGGCAGAAGGUUCUAAGCACAGAGGCAGGCAGCACAGGUCACACAUGUCAGAGGGACGGCUUCUCACGCUUUGUUUACUCUCUUCAUCCGUUGUGAUUCUAGGCUUCCGGUUGCAUUGGGGUUCCUCUGUACAGCAAGAUGUUUCUUGCCUUUUGUUAAUGCAUUGUUGUAAAGUAUUUGAUGUACAUUACAGAUUAAAGAAGAGAAGCGCGUUGUGUAUAUUACACCGAUGCCGCAGUGUUUCCUCAUCUAUGGUUCUAAAUAUUGCUUCAAUCUCAAACUUUUGAAAGAUGUAUGGAUUUCCAGUUUUUCUUUUUCUUAUUCUCAGUAUGUUUUAACAAAAAAAAUGGGGAAAAAAGGAAUAUUUAGCAGUAUUGUUCGUUCUGAUAUGUGAACUUGUUUGUGGCAACUAAGCAAGGCAUCCAGCAGUUUCUGACAAUUAACAUACAUCAUUCCACACUCCUUGUCAACAAAGUGCUUUUUCACUGCCUAAAAUUUUAGAUGUAGAUAUUUGAAAUAGAUUUUUUCAUUUAUACCAGUUUUCUUUAUGAUGAUACAGUGUUAAAAGAAAAUAAAUUACAAUUGAUCUGUCAUCCACAUUUGCUAAGAAUGUCUAUUUCCAAGGACCUAUCUUACAAAAUACACAUUCUUGCUCGUGUGUCUGUGCGUGUGUGGGUGUGUGUAUGUCCACGUAUGUAUACAAAUGACCUGUGUGAGACUUUAUUUUGACAGAAGCGAUUUCAUUGGCUGUUCAUCCUGUACAACCUUCGUUUUUGGUUUUUAGUAUAAAUGUACAUCAGUUUGUUCCUUCCGUACUCUAUCUAUGCUUCUGACCAUCUAGUGACUCAGGAUAUUAGGCCAGUUGAAGUGAAGUUAUAGGAUUUUCACACAUUCACACCUUCUCCAAUACCGACUCUUUCUACAGGUCCAUUUCCUUUCCUGUUUUAUGCCCUCGGAACACGAUAAACCAUGGCCAACUCAAUAAUUUCACUUUGGGGCCAAUUACUUGAACUAUCCACAGAAAAUGUAAACUGCUCGCCUUAUUCCUCCCAAACUUCUUUUGUUCAUGUGGCAGGGAGCAGUAGACUAUGAUGGAUUAGAUUAUUGAAACUGAACUUGAAGCGAAUGUUAGAAUAGUGGUUAACAGAGCUCAGAAAUAAGGCUAACCAUUUAAAAGAACACGGGCUGUGGGUAAAUUAGCUUUGCUCUUUAGAUGCAAGUGACUGAGGCCAAUAGGUGCCUAGUAAAUGUUAACUGUUCUUGGAAAAAAAAAUAAAACAUUAAAUAACAAAA